AUGUCUGUGCUCUUCGAAACCUCUCUGGGCGACAUUGUCAUAGAUCUGGAGACAGAACUAUGCCCGAAAACAUGCGAGAACUUUUUGAAGCUCUGUAAAGUGUACUAUUACAACCUCAACGCGUUCUUCAAUGUCUCGAAGGACUUCCUCGCACAGGUCGGUGACCCCACAGCUACUGGUACUGGAGGGGAGUCGAUCUGGUCCUUGAUAGCCUCGCAAGGCGGCAAAGACGCACCGCGGUACUUCACGCCAGAGUUCAUACCGCGCCUCAAGCAUCGGCAGCGGGGAACCGUGUCUAUGGCCGUCGCGCCUGCGGUCGCCGAGGAGCAUAGGGGCGGCUGCGGAAGCCAGUUCUUCAUCACGAUAGGCGAGAAUAUCGAAUAUCUGGACGGCAAGCACGCGGUGUUCGGGCAUGUCGUGGAGGGCUUCGAGACCUUGGACAAGCUCAACGACGUGUUCGUGGACCAGGACGGGAGGCCGUUGAAGGACGUUCGGAUACGGCAUGUGGAGAUUCUGGAGGACCCGUUUGAAGACCCUCCUGGCCUCAGGGUACCAGACGCCCCUCCUACAAGUCCUCCCGAUAACUCGACACGUAUCGCAGAAGACGAAGACCCACUAGAGACACUUCCCGAGGAAGAGGCGGAAGAAAUCCGACGCAAGAAGGCGGCACAGGCAUCCGCUCUGACUCUUGAGAUGGUCGGCGACCUGCCCUUUGCGAAUGUCCGCCCACCAGAGAACGUGUUGUUUGUCUGCAAGCUGAACCCCGUGACGCGAGACGAGGACCUGGAGCUCAUUUUCUCCCGUUUCGGGACCAUCAUAAGCUGUCAGGUCAUUCGGGACAAGAAGACGGGGGACUCGUUACAGUAUGCGUUCAUUGAGUUCGACAAGAGGGAGGAGGCGGAGCAAGCAUACUUCAAGAUGCAAAACGUGCUCGUAGACGACCGUCGAAUCUGGGUAGACUUCUCGCAAUCUGUCGCUCGCAUGAACACCCAUUGGUCAAAUGACGUGAAGAUGGGACAACGAGGCUCUGGUGGCCGGGGGAGGGGCGGGUUCGCUGGUCGUGAAGACCUCGAAGCCACUCGACGAUACAGAGGACAAACACAAGCACAGGAGCGUGGUAAAGACUACGGGUUGGUGUUCGACGUCCCUGGUGACGGCCGACGAAAACGCAAAAGCCGCAGCCGCAGCCCACGCCGGCAGGAUCAUCCUAAGGAACGAUUACGGCGUUCGCCAUCGCCCCGGUCACGACAUCGCGACCUUGACGCCUCCCACGAGAGGCGCAGGAGCAGGAGCCGCGAAAGGCGACCAAGAGACCAUUACGAUCGAAGGCGUUAA